AUGUGGUUGGCUCGACCUGCUGGCAAAGUUCUGUGGGCAAGGCAUCAGAAGAAAAGGUAUAGAAAGAAGAAUAACCCGGAUUUUGGUGCUCCAAAGAAUCAAACAAAAAGUAGUAGUAGGGAUCGUUGGUGGUCUGCCAAGGAUAAGAAGCCUCGACAAGAACGAUGGUGGGCGGAGUCUGAAAAAACAACUAGUCCCGAGGAAGAGGAUAUGGAGAUGAGGAGGAUGGCAGACAAAGCAUCGAAUAUGAGAAAACAGGACGCUGAAUUCGCUAGGGAAAAAGAGCGAUUUGAGAAGAACGCCUAUGUGGCUAAACAUGAUCAAAAGGAAGCUGCCGAAAUACUAAGAGAGGAGCACAAAGAUGUAAAGAGAGCCGAAUCCGAUGUCAGGAGAGAUGAAAGUCGAUUGAGGAAGCAAUAUGCGGCUUUUCGAGUCGAGAAAGAAAAACUCGAAGAUGAAAAGGCGUCGAUUCGAGAAGAGAAGAGAAGCCUUCGUCUUGCAAGGGAAAGAUUGAGGGAAUAUAGCGAGAGGGUGAGGGAAACAAUCGAUAGGGCGGUAGAUUAUGUAGGUGGGUAUCACGAAGAAGAUGAAAAAUUGCCGACAAAGCAACUAUGGAUUCGACGAACGUUGUUUAUAUUUACUGGUUUUCCUAUUAUUGGUUUAUAUUUUAUUGUUUUGACGGGAUGCAUGGCAAAUAAUGUGAUAUCCCGAGCCUUCUUUACCAUCGAUGUAUUCAGCGGCGCAUCCGACGAAUUCAUCGUUCCCAAUUUUCGCGUUGGUUAUUUUGGAAUCUGCGCCGUAAUCCCCAGCACAGGUAACGAUAUCUGCACACCCAACUUUCCCUACGGGCGAUCCGCCGCUAGCGCUGCCGCCAUCGUGCAAUCCGCACUCUUUCAAGGCAGCACCGACACUUCCACCGCCACCAACAUCGAACUCGCCGUCGGCAUCCAACAAAAGCUGCUUCCCUUAAUCAUCAUGCCCUUCAUCGCUUUCACUAUCGGACUCCUGUGGACCAUCUGGGUUCUCCCUACUUCCAAAAUGGCCUCGGCAAUCCUGCAGUGGAGCGCGGGCAACAUGAUGAGUGCGGCGGGUAGUAUCAGUACGGCGGGAGGCGCGAUCCAAUUUGUUACGGGCAUGAGUACGGGACAGCAGAUUAGUAGGGGGGUACCGUUGCAGAUUGGUCAGUAUUUGAUUGCGCUGGGAAGUCUUGGGUUUGCGGCGCUGGUGGGGUAUAUUGAUAAGAGGGGGAGGAGGAAGGCGCAUGAGGGGUUUAAGAUGCAGUUUCAGGUUUCGGAUUUUAAGGCGUGA